GGGUCUUUCAGAGGGGGUGGGGUUGAAGGGGCCUCAUUGAGGAACCGGGAGGAAACAGAAGUGUCUUCUGGGAACUGUAGUUUUCCGCUGCUUUCUUCUCGCUCGGACUACUUGUCCCAAGAUGCAGUUCCACACCCCCGGGCUCCCUAGUUACCGUCGCCUAGCUCUGGAGUCGGGGUUUGGAGGAAGAUUAAAGGCUUAUCAAAAUCUUAGGCAUUGUUGCAGAAGCAAGUCAAGACCUAACUUUUCUCUGGUGAACAACUGUGCAGAUUGUGACAUAUGUCGGUCCAAGAAAUAAAUAGACAUGCAGUUCUUCCGCCUAUCAUGAGAAGAAGUGACAAGGAUUUUUUGGAAAGGAUGCAAAAAUACAUAAUUACCGAAACCGAAAGAGUGGGCUGUAAUGAGGAAGGACCUGCUGAUGAAUAUUACAUCAUAUACCGAAACGUUUUUGAUAAGGUAAUAGAGUAUGUUACUGCAUACAAAUCCAUUCUUACUUCAAUCAAAAAAGAAUACGAUACCUUUAUUGAGACAAUAAAGAAAGGCCAAAGAGCUGCAUUUCAUCUUCAUGGAAAACUUAAAGCUUUGGCAGGAGAGCCCACAACACUGGUAUACUACAGGAAAAGAAUAAUCCAACUUCAAGCAAAGCUGAAGCUUAUUGAAAAUAAUUCCUCAAAGAUUCAAUUGCAAAUAGACAAAAUGAAACAACAUAGGGUGGAGUAUGACAUGAAAGAAGUACAAUAUUGUACUUUCUCAAAAAAUCCUUCACAACCUAUUCCAGGCAUGACUCUCGAAGAAUCUGUCAAUUUAGCUGCUCUCACUAAACACUUGAAACUUCUGGAAGACAAAUAUGCAGAAAUUAAACACAUUAUGUCAGAAAAAUAUGUACCAGCUCAAAGGAAGGCAGAUUUAGAUGAGGAAAUGAUUGCGGUAUUAAAACGGCGAGAUCUAGCAGAAAAUCUGAACAAAGAAUUACAGUUUCGUCAUCACAAACUGCAGAUUAUUUCACAUGCACUUACUUCAUGGUUAAAAUCUGAUAUGAGCAGAUCAUUUCAAGACUUCGUGGAGGAAAUUCAGAAAACUAAAGUUUUACAUGGUGACCACAGCAUUGUUGAGGAACUACUUGAGAUUGACCCGGGCAAGGCCAAAGAAACUGAAAUUUUGCUUUCCUGUACUGAAAGGUUCGAUGAAUUAAUCUCACUUGGUGAAUAUGAAAAGGCAGUUUAUUUUGCAGCAAACAGCCCUAAAGGAAUUCUUCAAAACACUGGGACAAUGAAUAAGCUUAAGGCUGUUGGAAAAACUAAAGGAAAGCCUUUUCCAUUACUCUUAUUUUUUGAGACUAUCUUUAGCACAAGCCAGGCUUUUAGACAUCCUAUAGAUGCAGAACUAACUCUGGAAGGAAUCAAAUGUGGACUAUCUGAAAAACGUUUAGAUUUAGUUGUCAAUUGGGUCACCCAGGAAAGGCUGACAUUUUCUGAGGAGGCUGGGGAUGUGAUUUUUGAUUAUGGGGAGCAGGAUACUUACAACAAGUCCAAGUGCCUGGCUUUAGCUCAGAUUAUCUAUAGUGAAUGUGGUCUGCACAAGAAAGUUCUUCUUUGCCUGUGUAAACAGGGUCAAAUUCAUGGGGCCAUGGAAUACAUACAACAAUUCAAGUUUACUUCUGAUGACCUGAUGCAGCUAAUAAAGUUAUGUCCCCACACUGAGUUAAUUCAGUGUCUCACUAAAGAAUGGAAUGGGAAACCACCAUCUUUAUCUUUCAGUCUUGUUAUACUUCAUCUGUUCUCCGUAGAUAUGAAAAAAGUUGGCGUUAAGCUACUUCAAGAAAUAAAUAAAGGUGAGAAAGAUGCAGUUGAACAUUUUAUGAUAAAGGAUCCAUUUUGCUCCCUAGAAAAAUGGCAAGAAGUGGCAAAUAUAUGUUUACAGAAUGGUUUUGACAAAUUAUCUAAUGACAUCAUGUCCAUUCUACGAUCUCAGGCUGGAGUUACAGAAAUUUCUGAAGAGGAUGAUGUAGUCAACUUAAUGCAACAUGUUUUUUGGUAAUUCUACAUCUUAACCAGUUGAGGGAGCCUGUACAACAUUUUGUGUAUAUUGGUUGGGCAAACUGACUUUGUCAUAACUAACAUAAAUAAAUCUAGAGUAUGAAGGUCU